GAGUGAAAGAAGUGGAGGGUGGCUAUGGCGUUCGGCUGGUCGGCGUCAGACAAACUGAAAAUCGAAGCGACUGCUGCGCACAACGCAAAUCCAUCAUAUCAUCAACAACCUCAUCAUCGCAUUAUCAUCAUAACUCCCUAAAACCCAUUACUUCCACUUUCAUCUUUCUCAAAAACCUAGAUCUGAAUUCCACUACUUUUCUUGAUCGACUCCAUUUUUCGACCUCCCUUGUGGCUCUAACUUCCGGUUUGUCUGUGAAAAUUUAUCAUCUUUUAAGAUAGGUUGGAUUUGGAUUACACUGGAACAAUGCAAAUGCCGAAAUCUAGACUAAACUUAUCAACACAAGAAGCAUUGUCAUCGUCCCCCAGAGCGAGAGAGGUUGAAGGUCCUUCAAGAUGGAGCGAAUACUUGAGUCAAGAAAUGGGCACUCCAAUGCCUUCUAGAACCUCCCGUAAUAAUGGGUCAGAAGUAUCGUUCCAGCUUCCUGGAGUAUCUCAUAAGGGGUUAAAUAUGCAAUGGGUAUAUCAGCUUACUGAGGUUGCACAAGGACUAAUGGCCAAGAUCUAUAGAUUGAAUCAAGUCCUGGAUUAUCCGGAUUCAGCAGGUCAUGUAUUUUCUGAAGCGUUUUGGAAAGCGGGUGUCUUCCCAAAUUGUCCAAAGAUAUGUAUCUUGCUGUCAAAGAAGUUUCCUGAACAUCAUAGUAAAUUGCAGCUUGAACGUGUGGAUAAGGUUGCUUUGGAUGCUUUAAAUGAUCAAGCUGAAAUUCACUUACAAAGCUUGGAACCAUGGAUUCAGCUACUCCUUGAUAUGAUGGCAUUCCGAGAACAAGCACUGCGACUCAUAUUGGAUUUGAGCAGCACUGUCAUUACCUUGUUGCCCCAUCAGAAUUCUCUCAUCUUACAUGCCUUUAUGGACCUCUUUUGUUCGUUUGUUCGCGUCAAUCUCUUUGCUGAGAAGUUGCCAAGGAAAAUGAUGCUUCAGAUGUACAACCUUUUCCAUGCCAUCUUGAGAAAUGACCGGGACUGUGAUUUUUAUUAUAGGUUGGUUCAAUUCAUAGAUGCAUAUGAUCCACCAUUGAAAGGGUUGCAUGAAGACCUGAAUUUCGUUAGUCCUCGCAUUGGAGAGGUUUUGGAGGCUGUGGGUCCUAUUAUAUUUUUGUCUACAGAUACAAGAAAGCUCAGAAAUGAGGGUUUUCUUAGUCCCUUUCAUCCUCGAUUUCCGGACAUCCUCACCAACUCGGCACAUCCAAUGAGAGCUCAAGAUUUGGCAAAUGUAACGGCUUAUAGAGAAUGGGCCCUAUUUGGCUAUCUUGUAUGUCCUGAUGAGCUUCUUAGAGUAACCAGCAUCGAUAUUGCUACGGUUGUACUGAAGGAAAAUUUAGUUCUUAUGCUAUUUAGGGAUGAGUAUAUAUUGUUGCAUGAGGAUUAUCAGUUAUAUGUAUUGCCACGAAUAUUGGAAUCAAAGAAAAUGGCAAAAUCUGGGCGAACAAAGCAGAAAGAAGCAGAUUUGGAAUAUAGUGUUGCAAAGCAAGUUGAGAAAGUGAUAAGUGAAGUGCAUGACCAAGCAAUUGUAUCAUGUGAUGCAAUUCAUCAUGAGAGGAGAAUAUUAUUGAAGCAAGAGAUUGGAAGGAUGGUUCUCUUUUUUACUGAUCAACCGAGUUUAUUGGCUCCUAAUAUUCAGAUGGUAUUUUCUGCAUUGGCAUUGGCACAAAGCGAAGUCAUAUGGUACUUUCAACAUGUUGGAAUUAGUUCAUCAAAAUCCAAGGCCAAUCGGAUAGUGGCAGUAGACAUAAAUCCAAAUGAUCCUACGAUAGGAUUCUUGUUGGAUGGGAUGGACCGCCUUUGCUGUCUAGUACGCAAAUAUAUUGCAGCCGUGAGAGGCUAUGGUUUAUCCUAUCUAUCAUCUUCUGCUGGCCGGAUUCGCUUUUUGCUUAACACUCCUGGAAUGGUGGCUCUUGACCUGGAUGCCAGUCUGAAAGGACUUUUCCAAAAGAUCGUUGAGCAUCUAGAGAACAUACCAAAACCGCAGGGUGACAAUAUCUCUGCAAUUACCUGUGAUCUAUCGGAAUUACGUAAGGAUUGGUUAUCAAUUUUGAUGAUUGUUACCUCUGCCCGGUCAUCUAUUAACAUUCGACAUUUGGAGAAAGCGACGGUGUCUACUGGAAAGGAAGGCUUGUUGUCUGAAGGGAAUGCUUUAUACAAUUGGUCCAGAUGUGUUGAUGAACUUGAAUCUCAGCUUUCUAAACAUGGGAGUCUGAAAAAGCUGUAUUUCUAUCAUCAACAUCUUACAACUGUUUUCAGAAAUACCAUGUUUGGACCUGAAGGGCGCCCCCAACAUUGCUGUGCAUGGCUGGGUGUUGCUAGUAGCUUUCCAGAAUGUGCUUCUACAAUUGUUCCGGAAGAGCUAACUAGAAUUGGUCGAGAUGCUGUUCUAUAUGUUGAGUCCCUCAUUGAGUCCAUCAUGGGAGGGUUGGAAGGGCUAAUCAAUAUCCUCGAUUCUGAAGGAGGUUUUGGCUCCUUGGAGACUCAGCUUCUUCCAGAGCAGGCAGCGAUUCUCAUGAACUUGACAUCCAGACUUUCUAUUCCUUCAGCAAAAUCCCCAAGGGGCAUAUCUGGUUUGCAUUUGCCAGGCUAUGAAAGCUAUCCUGAAAGUAAUAACUCCAUUAAAAUGUUAGAAGCUGCCAUGCAGAGAUUAACAAAUCUUUGCUCAGUUUUGAAUGACAUGGAGCCUAUAUGUGUUUUAAAUCAUGUCUUUGUCUUAAGAGAGUACAUGAGAGAAUGCAUCCUUGGGAACUUCAGAAGAAGGCUGCUUGCUGUUUUGAAAUCAGAUACAGAUCUUCAACGUCCUACAGUUCUUGAAUCACUAAUUCGUAGACAUGUAAGUAUAAUCCAUUUGGCAGAACAGCAUAUAAGCAUGGACCUGACACAGGGUAUUCGGGAGGUUCUAUUGACCGAGGCUUUCUGUGGUCCAGUUUCAUCUUUACAUACGUUUGAAAAGCCUGCUGAACCACAUGCCGGAUCAGCCAUUGAGGCUGUGUGCAAUUGGUAUGUUGAAAAUAUCGUGAAGGAUGUCUCUGGAGCCGGGAUCCUUUUUGCACCUAUUCAUAGAUGCUUUAAGAGCACGAGACCUGUUGGUGGCUAUUUUGCCGAGGCCGUAACCGAUCUUAGAGAAUUACAAGCUUUUGUUCGUGCAUUUGGUGGCUAUGGAGUCGACAGAUUAGACCGAAUGAUGAAAGAACAUACGGCUGCCCUUUUGAACUGCAUUGACACAUCACUGAGGGCAAAUCGUGAAGUAUUAGAGGCGAUUUCUGGAAGCAUUCACUCCGGUGACCGGAUAGAAAGAGAAGCAAAUGUAAGGCAGAUAAUCGAUGUAGAAACAGUUAUUGGAUUCUGUAUUCAGGCAGGGCAAGCCAUUGCAUUCGACUCUCUUUUAGCAGAAGCUGGCGGAGUGGUGCUUGCAGAAGGUGCACCAUUGAUACAUUCAUUACUGACAGGGGUUGCAACACAUUUACCCGUUGAAGUACCUGAGAAAAAAGAAAUUAGGAGGAUGAGAAGGGUGGCAAAUAGCGUUCAAGUAGUUGCGGAUCAUGAUUCUGAGUGGGUUCGAGAAAUAUUUGAGGAUGUUGGAGGUGCAAGCGAUAAUUCAUGGAGCUUGCUGCCUUACUUAUUUUCCACUUUCAUGACAUCUAAUAUCUGGAAUACGACCGCCUUCAAUGUUGAUACAGGAGGGUUCAACACUAAUAUCCACUGCUUGGCAAGGUGCAUUUGCGCUGUGAUCGCUGGAAGUGAGCUAGUUAGACUUGAAAGAGAACAUCAACAGCGACAACUGUAUUCAAAUGGCCAUGCUGGCGAUACUGUGGAGCCUGAAAUGCCAGAUCAUCUGUCUGUUGAAUCAAACAUAAAGUCUACAAUGCACCUCUUUGUCAAAAUUUGUGCCGGGAUUGCAUUGGAUUCGUGGAAUGAAAUCGACAGGUCGCAUCUCGUGGCAAAACUAAUCUUUUUGGACCAAUUGUGUGAGAUAUCUCCGUACCUACCACGAAGUUCACUCGAGCUGCAUGUUCCUUACGCCAUUCUACGUUCCAUAUACAGUCAAUACUACGGAAACUCUCCUUCCAAUCCUCUCUCGCUUCUAAGUGCAUCUCCACGAAGCUCUCCAGCCGUAUCCAUGGGACACGCUUCUCCGGCUAUCAGGCAUCCGUACGGUGAUUCGACACCACAAUCAAGUCACGAUUCGGGUUACUUCAAGGCGGCAUCAGCACACAGCCAAGAUCAGACUUAUGACAACGAUAAGGGGCAUACAAGAAGCACCGACCAUAAGCAUCGAAAUACAAGACGAUCGGGUCCGUUGGAUUAUAGUUCGAGCCAGAAAGUGAAGCUUGUGGAAGGGUCGACGUCUGGAAGCCGAGGUCCGAGUCCACUGCCGAGAUUUGCCGUGUCGAGAUCGGGUCCCAUAUCAUACAAAUAGAGACCGGUUGGAGCAUGUUGUAAUAGAACUUCAAGAAUGUGUUAUCAGUCUUAUACUCCAAAUGAACAAGUAAUCAACUAAUGACUGCAUUUAUCUUUUAACU